AUGUACCUUGUGGUAGAUCAACUCUCACUUCAGGCUCUUGGACGCAAGCAGGCACCCAAGCAGGCACCCAGGCAGGCACCCAGGCAGACACCCAAGCAGGCAUCCAAGCAGGCACCCAGGCAGACACCCAAGCAGGCAUGCAGGCAGGCAGCAGGCAGGCGCGAGCAGACACCCGGGCAGACACCCAAGCAGGCGGCAGGCCAAGCAGGCAUCAGGCAUCAGCAGGCACCAAGCAGACAAGCAGGCAUCAGGCAGGCGCAGGCAGACGCAGGCAGGCACUGGCAGGCCAAGCAGGCGCAAGCAGACCAAGCAGGACCCAAGCAAGCAGGCACCCAAGCAGGCAUCAAGCAGGCACCCAGGCAGACACCCAAGCAGACACUCAAGCAGACGCUCAGGCAGGCACCCAGCAGGCCAGGCAGGCACCAGGCAGGCACCCAAGCAGGCACCCAAGCAGGCACCAGGCAGACACCCAAGCAGGCCAAGCAGGCACCCAAGCAGGCAUCAGCCAGGCAGACAACCAAGCAGACACUCAAACAGACGCUCAGGCAGGCACCCAAGCAGGCACCCAGGCAGGCACACAAGCAGGCACCUGAGCAGGCAUCCAGGCAGGCAAGCAACUCAUUAGCAUCCAUAAUGUGUCUAAAAUACACCCAAUACCCGAGUUCCCAGGGGCGCCACUCUCCUGACGAGGACCUCCUACUCUCGCUAACGAAGGUGCGAACUUCCCUACUCCCGGAGAAUAUACUCAGCCACUACGACAGUCCGCCAGAACACCUCCAGCUGACGGGUAAUAUUCCUCCACCAUAA